AUUCACGUCGCACCUACACCGCGUAUUUAGUGGAUAAACAACCUCUUUGCGGUGCGCACGUGUGUUCGUCUACGAACCUUUACGAAUUCGAAUAUUAAAAAUAAUAUUAGUGUUGUUCGUGGAGGAUGGAUUAAGUGUUGACAGGAGUAACUAUUUGAAACUGAAUGUUUUAAGUGUCUGUGAAAAGUUGGAUCAGGUCGAACGUCCCCUUGCUCACUUGCAUUAAAGGUACAUAAUUUGUUCGGCGCAUGACACUACGAUCAUCGCGUGCGCAAGAUAAUAAAGAAGGUCACCGGCUGCGGUUGAGCCCUAGGCGCCGCGAGUAACAGACUAUAACGACAAUGACCGUCAAGAAGUCGAAUCGAUGUGGAGGAUGGGCAGCAAUCGUCGCAAGGCAGAAAUUGCAUAAUGCAAAACAAGAGUUAGAUGUUGUUAACAUAAAUAAACAGACAACACAUGAUGAUUACAACACAAUCGUUGGGUUCAACGAGAAAGAUCAAUUACAAUUACGAACUAGAGAAGAGGCAAUUGAAGAUGAUAAACAAAAACUUAUCAAAGAUUACAAUUUCAAAACGAAUAAAUAUGAGAACAUAUCCAUUGAUGAUAUUAUUACAUGCGUUAAUAUUGAAAAUUUUCCGAAUUGCGAAAACACUCUAGUCUUCUACGUUACUAAAAAUAUUAAUAAGGAAGCUAUAGCGCUCAAAUUUGAAAAUGAGCAGGACUUCAAAAGAAUAUACUUCACAUAUAAAUACUUUAAAAUGCGGAAUCGGCUUACUACAAAUUACACCAGCAGUGAUAGCCUCUUUUCGAAAAAGAAUCUUAAAAAUAGAAAAAACAGUAUGGAGGACUAUGGAUUUUUUGAUAAAAAGCUUGAAUAUGACGUGAAACAGGUAGAGCACGAUGGAGUGACCCAUAUAUCAGUUCAACAAAAAGGCUUCAAUUCAAAAUAUGAUCAACCAUUAAGUUUAAUUGGUAUAAGAAACGAUGUUGACGCUGGUGAAAUAGAUAGUAUAAUAUACACUGAUAUAGAAAUUCCAGCAAAACCUCAAAAGAAAAAGUUAUUUAAUAAGAAAGCUAAGGCUCCAUCACCUCCAAUACUAACAAAAGAAACGCCGAAGGUAUUAAAAGGCGAAUUCGUUAGAGUGAACGUAGACAGGUCACCAGAUGUUGUUCCGAAAGAUUUUAAACAGAAUAAAAUUCCUGAUAUCCUUAUAUUUAGGGAUAAAUCAAAAAGAGGCAGUCCGACAAGUAAUCUGUGGUCUACAAAUAAAGUGAACACGGGCUACGACUCCGAUUGUGAGGAAUGGAGAAGCAGCCGGUCUCAGUUCUCAACGACAGCGUUUGACAGCCUCGCCCGCCCCACCAAAACUGCAAUGGCCCUAACCCUCAGGAAACCGCAGCGAGUGGAACCGGUCCCCCAAUAUUAUCGCCUAAACGACACAUCCAAACUAACACCUCUCCAAUUCAGACCGAACAAUUUCCUCCCCCGACCUCCGAGACUUCCUAGAGCCAGCACAGAUAAAAGAAACCUGGUAGAUCAUAGAAUGUACACGUCUUUACAAAACCUGGAGAUGCCAAAGAAACUAAGCGAGCCAAAAAAGCAAAGUGAAAAGAAGAACUACUCAAACAUAUCCAACAAGAUUACUGGACUGACUAACAAAUUGAGAGAUUUCGGUAAUGGCAACACCAUUGGAAGGUUUAAGGCGCAAUCGCACAGUGACGUAGCUAAUUUAAAGCCAGUAUUAAAAAGUCAUGAUGGUGCAAAACGUUCCGUUGUACGGACGUGUAGUGCUGAGCCACCAAAGAAAGUAACAUUUAGCGCCUUUGCAACUGUCCAAGUCGUCUGAACGUAUAGGAAACGAGAAAAAAAGAAAUCAAAGUUAAAUCUAAUUUUUUAUCGCCAAUGUCUUAUUUCGAUAAUACAAUUUUCUUUUUAUUUAUAUAUUUAUUAAUUAUUAUAUUCACUGAUAUGAUGAAACGCAUCCGACUAAAUGAUUCCUGACUUGAAAUACUUUUUAAAUACAGCUAGAAAAUUCUAGAAUCUAGCAAUAAAGUGUAAAGUUCAUUUUAGAAUUUCUGCGAUAAAAACAGAUUUAAAUUUGAUCCUUUAGAGGAAGUCCUAUGUAGAUUAGAAAUGUGAACUUGCACCUUGUAAAUGUAUAUUUUAAAUAAUAUGCAGGUCGGGAAAUCGUGUUAAUAUGUGCUAGUAAGCUUUUAUUGGUAACGCGUUGUAUUAGCAGAAUUCAUGAUAUUCAAUAAUGAAAUAAUGUGUUAAACUGAAUUGUACACUAGAGUACAUUUAGAUGGAACAUAUAAGGAGGGAGCCAUUUCCAUCAGUGUUUUGAGUCCCACUAUUUUAUUUCACAUUAAUCAAUGACAAAUUCCGCAUUUACAUUCAGCCGUAGUGAGCAGGGAAGUGGGCAGGACGAGUGUGUAAACGCGAUACUUCGUCAUUAGUACACACUCGUCCUGCCCACUUCCCUGCUCACUACGGCUGUAUGUAAAUGCGGCAUAAGAAUCAUUAUUAAAUUACUGAAGACGAUUUUUACUAUUAGAAUAUUUGCGGUAUCAACAAACCAAACAUGACAGAUUUUUUUGUAUUUAUUUCAAGAUUUUAAAGUAUCAUAAUAUACGUUUUUAAAAUCUAGGGACAAAUCCCACUCAUUACAAUUCAUAUUAAUCAGUGAAUUCUGUAAAAAGCAGUCAGUAGGAGAGUCACAAUUCGCUUCUAUAUUUCCCCAUACCAUGAACGGUAUGCUGUUAACAAAACUAGUUCUCGUAUCGACUGCUUCUAUUCCCAUUAGGUUCCAUCAUUACAUUGGGUUCUCGGGAGGCUGUCAGAAGUCAGAUCCCGCCCAGUUUCAACAAAUGACCUGAUGAGCUUGACCAAUUGAAAUGCCACCAAUCUUUGUGAGAGAGAUUGCCGUCGGUCAAUUUCAGAUGAAUGUAAAUCUGAAAUAUUGUUAUUUAUUUAUUCUUUGUGAAUAAUUAUUAUAAGCAGUAGUCUGAGUACUCGCUUUGCACAUUGACCUUGUAUAAGGAUCCUUGCACUGAUGUAGUUUUUGUGAGUUUUAGUCACCUUUAUAGCAUAUGUAAUAUAUACUAAUAUGUAGUCUUGGUCUAAUACAUCUUGGAGUAGUAAUAAUUUAAAAAAAACACUUUAACGAUUUAGUCAAAACUUCGAUGUAAAACUUUUUUCUUAUUACACAUAACCUUUAACUAAUUCAAGUAUUUUGUCAUUAUUAAUAAUCAUAAUUGUUUUUAUUCUAUGAUAAAAAUUAUUAUCUACUUUCAUAUAUGUACCACAUAGGUUCUGUAUACUUAUAUACUUAUUAUUUAAUUUUAUUGUUGUUUCAUGUAAAUAUAUACGGAUUUAAUGAUAAUUUUGGUUAAUGCACUUUCUCUAACAUAAAUAAAUUGCGCGCCAUUUCGCUAAUGUUUAUCAUAAUUUGACUUGUAUAUAAAAUACAUAUGUAGAUAGAUAAAUUAUGUUAUUAUGUAUAAAAGUAUUUACCUUAUUUAAUAAGAACACUAAUGUCAUCUAGCUUCUAGAAUGUUGUUGUGUUUAGCGAGUUUUUGAAAAUAAAGAUCAAU